AGGCAACACACACGCCGCGUAUCCUCACUGGCCGAAAGUCGUUCGCGCGGGGUUCGGUGCUCCUUGAUUUGCUCCGGCCGGGCUUGCUUACUCGGCUGCCUCUAUGGAGGGUGGCUUUAAGGUGCGUCGCGACACCCGGGACUAAUGGCGAACGCACCACCGACCUCUUGAUGCCCCUUCUCGUCCACGGCCAGCAGCAGGAAUAGAGAGAAGAAGAGGCGCAUUAUCUGGUCCGGUCGACCGCUCUCUCGGCGGGGGAGUUGCCAUGCGGCCCAACGUGCGGAGCAAAGGGCGCGUCCUAAACUGCUAGGACCCACGAACUCGACUCGCGCCGCACAAGAAGCAAAGCAGACACCCUGCAGUCUCCCAGAGCUACGCACGGCCGCGCCAUUGCGAGGAAACAGCGUGCUCGAUUAAAGGGCAUAGAGAGUGACUGUAAGUGCGGUCGGCGGUCCUGCGUGCUCCACAGGCGCUCCGACCUCAUACUGCAGCUCCUGCUCUCUGGUGGCCAGUACCGCAACACCCUAGGAGUGACGAUGAUUGGUGCCAUGCCAGCAGUUGCCGUGAGGCAUGAGAGGCGCAAACAGGACAAGAAGAAGUCGCGCCCGGGCCACCUCUACCUGGCCAACUAUGCCAACAAGCAGGCCACCUCCUCGGGCAAAAGCUCGCCCUGCCCCAGCAGGGGUGGCAGUCCUAGUCCGGGCAGUGCCGGCGGAGGGCUGAGCCCCAUCGUCACGACGCCGCCCCACGCCGCCGAAUCGCCGCAGACCGAGGAGUUCUACGUGUGCGCCAAAGUGUCCACCCUGCACGUGAUCGUCGUCUCCUACCUGCUCGGGAUCAUCCUGCUCAUCGUUGGCCUGGUGCAGCUCAAACCUGGUGCCGAUGCCAGUGACCACAGAUUUUACAUUCUUGGUGCGGGGAGCGUCCUGCUGGCGUUGGGAACCUUGCUGUCGGUGGCCCGGUGCGUGAUGGUGCCGAUCAGACGGUGUCUGCACAAGCGUCGCGCUCGAAUACGGCGAAUGCGCAAAGAGGAGUCGGCCGCGCUGGCGCUGACCAAGUCGCCUGCGCAGAAUGGCAGCAGUUCAAGCACACCAGCGCAUCCGCUGCCGCACCACCAUCACCACCACCACCAGCAGAAAACGUCGCACGACAUCAUCCAGGAGAUGCCGUCGGCCGAAGAGCGGGCGGCCGCCGACCCGUCGCCGGCGGCCACGUCUGCGCGCAACGGCGCCACGCUGACGCAGAGCCAGAGCGUGAGCAUCGAAAUCGAGACGCACAGCAGCUCCAAGGACACGCUGGUGUCGACGGCCAAGUCACCGUCCGAGAACGACCACCAGUUGCAGCAGAAGCGGCCCUCGGUGGCUAAAACGUAGACGCCCCUGUGGCGGGGGUGCUCGUCGCCUCCCGACGGAUUUUCUACGCACGUUUUCGCGCGCUUUGGCACGUGCGCAGUGGACUCUCUUUUGUCUCUGUCCGAGACCCUCGAGAUGAAGUAAUAAAAAAACAUUGCCAGGCACUUGAUUAAAUGGAGCAUUUAAAAUUUCAAAUAAAACGACAUCAACGUACAAUGGACAUUAGUAGUGGGAAUUGACAAAGCGUGUGUCCUGAUGAUUUUGAAAAUGGGCCACGGGAGAAACUCAAAUUCUUGAGUGGUUUUGCAUUUUGAUUUUAAAUUAAGCCAGGAAUAAGAUAUUUACGUAAUGCAUAAAUAAUUUGUUACGUAUAUUUUAAGUAUCCAAAAUUAUUGUUAAAUGUGAAAUUUUUAGAAGAUUCUGUUCCAAAAAUUUGAAUUUUAACUCAUCUUUAGUCAUCCUGAAAAUGAUUCUAGAUUGAGGUCGUGCAUUUGGGAUUUAAAAAAUAAGAUUCAAUUUAGUGUAGUUUUUAGUUAAUUUCACCAUAGCCAUCAGACAUCAGUUAUUGCACAUCAGCCAAAAUUAUUAUGACUGUCAUACACAUUUCAAAUUUUUGAGCUGUCAAAAUUUGGCAUUGCUAAUUUCUAGUUGCUUAUUUCUUAUUUGAAAACUUCAUGGACAUGAUUAAUAAGUUCGUUCUUUUAAAAGCUGUUUGAAAUCAUGUAGAGGUGAUCGCAAUUUUUAUUUUAUUUAUUUAUUUUUAUUUUUUAAAUAGUUUAGGAAAAGCUUUCAAGUGUCAACUAUGCUUUUUUAUUUUUAGUUUAAUAGCGAGGAAUAUUUAGGUCAAUUUCCAAAAGAACAAAAAAAAUACUAAACAUGAUACUCUUAACGCAGUAUUGCUGUCAUAAAAGUAUGGAUUAUAAAUUAAAACUCAUAAUUCAAUGUUAUAUAAAUUAUAAAUUACGUAAAUUAAAGCUAAAUGUAUGUCAUUGAGCAUCAAAGCUACUUCCAAUUUGCCAUGUUUCACUUUUGAAAACAUUUUGCAGAAGCACAUAUGGGUGUGAGUGCGCGUAAAUUGAUUACAACUUUAUACUAUAGUAAAGCCAGAAAAAAGAAAUCAAAAAAAUUUCCAACCGCCAAAAUUAUUAUAACUUGACUAAAUGGGAAAUUGUGUGCUGAGCUGUUGACUCUCAUUGUAGAAAAAAAUAGCAUGCUAAAGUGUCUAUCACAGUUCAUCAAAAAGGUACCUGGUGUCUACGAUCUUUAAAAUUAUCAUAACCUUCAUACACACGCAAGCUCUCUGCUGCAAAAUUUAGGAAUCUUAUUUCGUUAAAACCUUGAAAAUUUCCACCACCUCGUUGUAACUGUCGAAAUCCAAUCAAUUCAAUUGUAUUUGUAAAAUGUGUCUCCGUGCUUGAAAGAUGUUUAAAGAAGUAUUAUAGUCGCGUUCCAAAAUUGGCUGGAAAGUUUAUUUUGUACUAGAUGAAAAGUAUCAGUGGGUCUAUAUAAGUCUCCGCAAGAGGAGACGUUCAAAGCUUUAAAGAAAAUCACAAAUUACAACCGAAGAGCUUACCCGCGAUUUCAAAAUGAUAAAAACAACAACACCGACCCUCAAAAACAUCACCAAAAAAUCUAAAAAAAUAUAAGCAGCAUGAACUAAUUGCUCAGAGUAAAAUUAUUUUGGAAUACGACGAAUAAAAUAAUUGUGUGUCCUUGGAGAAAAGUUAAACAAAAGUACAUUGUUGUUUGGCGAAAUGCAUAACCGCAGCAAAAUUAGGUGGAGCGUCUUUGAUUUGAGUUGAUUUUUGUGAACCGUGUAAUUUGAAAAUAUUCACUGGUUAGGACAAACUCAGGAUGUGCUUUGCAAAGUAGAAAAAUUUGUGCCAACGCCCAGACGGUCAAAACGAUCAGUGGGGCGUUGAAAAGGGGACAUUUUUCGCUUGCCUGAAAAUCUCAUUCACACGUUCAAUCGGAAAAGGCUCGAUUCAAAUUUAAUGAAUUUAAGAUCUUUUCAGGCAUCAGCAAACUCCUUUUAAAAUUAGCUGUGUGUGUAUAGCGCUGUUUAUCCUUUUCUAGGGGCGCCUGCAAAUAUUUAAGUAUGCAACCUGCUCGGCUUUUAAGAUGAAACGGUUGCAUAUUUUAAUCAUCUGCAGGUUUAUGGAAAUUAUAAUAUUCUCAAAAAAUUGCCAGAUAUCCUAAAUUAAUUACUACGAAUCAUUUUUCAAGUUACGGAAGAAGCGUAGCCUUCUAAAAUGAAACGCACAAAUCUGUUCAUUCGCUUGGAAGGCCUCGUCAUCAAACACAAAUUUUCCAAAACAUAUUUUUCCUUUCAAUUAAAAAAAAAUUGUUUACCAUCUGACGAAGUUAAUGACCUUCGUUUGGAUUUAAUGAAUUUUUUCAUACUACGAAACUAGGCUAUAUGCUACCUGAAAGAAUAUUAUUCAAGUGUUUACCCUAUCUCUUUUCCUCGCACAUUACACGCACUAUUUCCUAAAAAUACUUAUGACAAGUGUAAAAUUUAAAUCCACUACUGGGACAUUACAUACUUAUGGACCAACCUUUAAAUAUAAUUAACACGGUUAACACAACAGACGCAUCAAAUCCAUCAGUUCUUUGAUUCCUGGAUGUACUGAUUUUCUUGGUCUCCUAUCUUUUAAGUCUGCAACUUAAUUAAUUAAUUGCAUAGCCAAAUGUUUGUUGAAGUUUUGAGCAUUUAAUAAAGAUAUAAACAAAUAAAAUAUGUUUACUCUUGGCUUAUUCUUGUUAUAAAUAGGCAUAAAUUGAUUAAAGAAAUUUGCAACUAUGGUUUUAUAAUUAAAAAAUCUGAUACAAAAAUUCAAACAGAUGCACUGGGCUUCGCAACGUUCAAGGGUGCCAAAUUACCUUAUAUUGUACUUUGCGGUCUGAAUUAUGAUGUAAUUUAUGCGCUUCAUUUUGUUUUUAUUUGCUUGCAAAAAGAUUUCUUAGCAGCCCUUUUUACGACGCCGCAAUGCAAUCACGCUAUUCAGCUUGAAAUUUUCAUUAAGACGUGUGAACAUGCACUGUGUAUAUUGCCAAUGAAAAGAUGUUUUAAAUUCUAUUCAUUAAAAUACUCUUCAUUAAAAAUAACUUAAACACUUGAAAAGAUCUUAUAUAUAUAUUAUUAUAUAUUGAUAUUGUAAUACUUUCAUGGGAAAUAAAAUGGUUCAAGA